CUCGUCUGCUGUUGAGGAAAGAAAGUCUCGUGAUAUUAUAGCACGUAGGAUGGGGGAGAGAUUAAAAGGCACAAGACUAGUGACAUUUACUGAAAUAUUGGUGAAAAUGGAAAGUGAAAGCCUGGUUGGAAACAGUAUUGACAGCACACAUGGCUUUAGGGAGCGAUGAUCAGGACGCAACUCCUCCUCCUCCUGGCUUGUCUGUGUGUGUGCGUGUGUGUGUGUACGUUUGUGUGUCGCUGCCUCUCACAGUCUGUAGCAGCAGCCGCAGCACAUCCCUUCACUUCACACAGGAGGUUUGGUCUUGUUAAACCAUUCAGCAAUAGGAUCUUCUCAUCCUCCUCCUCCAUGCAGAAUCGCCAGUAUUUGGCCACAGCAUUGCCUUCUUUAAAAACCAACAAUUGAUUAUUCUUCAUUUUGUUUUCCUCUUGCCUUUUGGAAAUAGGCUAUACCCUAAUUCUCCCCCCUCCCUUGCUCUUCUCAUCAUCAUCACCUCAGGUCUACUGGGUCCUGCAAAACCUCCGCCCCAUCAACCUCUUGUUGCUGCGCCAACAAAUAACCUCCACUACCCCCUCCCUAAAAAAAGAGAAACCCCUUUACCCAGUGAUACCUAUUGCUACACUAACAAGAAGCCCACCACGGGGGUGGGGGGAAAGAGGGAUCCAGGGGGCCGCAAGCUGAGAGAAGAGGGGAGCCAGCCGGACAGUCAGCUUACCAUGAGAUUGCAAUACACAUCUUGUUCUUCCUCCUCUACGUCUCUAGCUGCUGGAUUUAGCCCUUGUUUGCUGCCUGGCCCGGGCUCUGCUCUUGCAGGUGGUGGCUGCUCUUACUGUUGGGGUUGUUGCUACGGAGCUCUCCUGUUUUUCCUGUGGACCUCGGCUGCAGUGACUGCUUCCUCCUCUUCCUCCUCGUCUUCUACUGCUGGAGGUGCAGGUGCUACUGCUGCAGUAACCGGUGCUCCUGGUAAUGCUGUUGGUGCUUCUGGUGCUGCAGCAGCAGCAGCUUCUCAUUCGGCGACUCCUCCUCUCCCUGCUGCAGUGGUAGCUGGUGGGGCGCUUGUGGCUGCUCUUGCAGCAGGUGCCGGUGGCAGGGUGCUUCCUUUCGGCGCAGCUGCACCUGGGUGCUACUCUUCCCCCACUGUUGGUUCUGUGCAGGAGCUGGCCCAGCGCUCCAAGGUAGUGAUCGAAGGCAAAGUGCAGCAACAGCAAGGAGCAGAAGAGCGCAGGAAGAAGGGGAUACAGGAGCUGGAGUCUGUUACAUCCCACAGGGGAAGAGGACAUCUGGCCAGAGAGCAGGUGAAAGGAGAAACAGACAAGGAAUUGCCUUCAUCGGUGGUGAGCACCACAUUCAGGGAAGAACAAGUCCCUGCAACAAGCUGGAUAACACCAUUUUCAGCCACUGCCACUACUACAAUUGCAACAGUCCCUACUGGUGCUGCUUCUGACUUUGUUACAAUCGCCAGUCCGACAAAGUCUGCCGUCUCAAGUGGCCCUGAAUCUUACUUGGUUAAAGUGCACCAGGUGUGGGCUGUAAAAACAGGCAGUUUGGCCAAGGACUCCCUUAUAACAGUGUUGGGAUAUUUCGCUUCCAGUUGCCUGAAGCUGAAGGAGGACAGCAGGUACAUAUUCUUCAUGGAUCCCACCAACAGCAGUUCUGUCUUCAGAACCACCUUUCCACCCCUAGAGACUGGCAGGAACCUGAAGAAGGAUGUUGGCAGGGUGCUCUGCAGGGGAUGUGCUGCAUCUCCAAAACUAAAAGAAAUCAAGACUCAGAGUGUACAAGAGGGAAAAAAGCUGGUGCUGAAGUGUCAAGCAGUUUCUGAACAACCAUCUUUGAAAUUUAGAUGGUUUAAAGGAGAAAAAGAAAUUGGAGCAAAAAACAAGCCAGACAGCAAGCCUGAGCACAUUAAAAUAAGGGGGAAAAAAAAGUCUUCAGAACUCCAAAUUAGCAAAGCUUCCAGUGCAGAUAAUGGUGAAUACAAAUGUAUGGUGUCAAACCAGCUUGGAAAUGACACCGUGACCGUCAAUGUCACCAUAGUCCCAAGUGACACCACAGCUGGGCCAGGUCACCUUAUUAAGUGUUCAGACAAAGAGAAGACCUACUGUGUCAAUGGAGGAGAGUGUUAUGUACUCAACGGUAUAACAAGCAGCAACCAGUUCAUGUGCAAGUGCAAACCUGGAUUCACUGGAGCAAGAUGCACUGAAACUGAUCCAUUGAGAGUCGUAAGAUCAGAAAAGCAUCUUGGAAUUGAAUUUAUGGAAGCUGAGGAGUUGUACCAGAAAAGAGUGUUGACCAUAACCGGCAUCUGCAUUGCACUUCUUGUAGUUGGCAUCAUGUGUGUUGUGGCCUACUGCAAAACCAAAAAACAGAGAAAAAAGUUGCAUGACCGUUUAAGACAAAGCCUCCGAUCAGAAAGGAACAACAUGGUGAACAUGGCAAAUGGACCUCACCAUCCAAACCCACCUCCAGAAAAUGUCCAGCUGGUAAAUCAGUAUGUCUCAAAAAAUGUUAUAUCCAGUGAACACGUGAUUGAACGGGAAACAGAAACAUCUUUCUCUACAAGCCAUUAUACUUCGACAACACAUCACUCAACAACAGUUACACCAACACCAAGUCACAGCUGGAGUAAUGGUCAUUCAGAAAGCAUUAUAUCAGAAAGCCACUCAGUAAUAGUUACAUCGUCGGUGGAAAACAGCAGGCACACAAGCCCAACAGGGCCAAGGGGGCGUCUUAAUGGUAUUGGAGGACCUAGAGACUGUAGCUAUCUCAGGCAUGCUAGAGAUACUCCAGAUUCAUACAGAGAUUCACCACACAGUGAAAGAUAUGUUUCAGCUAUGACAACACCAGCUCGCAUGUCACCAGUAGAAUUCCAGACACCAAUUUCUCCUAAAUCACAUUUUUUGGAAAUGUCACCACCGGAAUCUAGUUUAGCUGUAUCUGUUCCAUCAGUGGCUGUAAGCCCCUUUAUAGAAGAAGAAAGACCUCUGCUUUUAGUGUCUCCACCAAGGUUACGAGACAAGAGAUAUGACUUAUAUUACCACCAUCACCACUAUAGCCAGCAGUACAAUUCCUACCAUUACAAUCCUGCCCAUGACAGCAGCAGCUUACCACCAAGUCCUUUAAGAAUAGUAGAAGAUGAGGAGUAUGAAACCACACAGGAGUAUGAACCAUCACAAGAGCCUGCAAAGAAAUUAGUCAACAGCCGAAGGGCAAAAAGAACAAAACCCAAUGGCCACAUUUCAAAUAGAUUAGAACUGGACACUGACACAAGCUCAGAGAGCAGUACAUCUGAGAGUGAGACAGAAGAUGAAAGAAUAGGCGAGGAAACACCUUUCCUGAGUAUACAGAAUCCACUGGCAGCUAGCCUAGAGUCAGCCAGUAUAUACCGACAUGCUGACAGCAGGACUAACCCACCUAGCCGAUUCUCAACACAGGAAGAGUUACAAGCAAGACUGUCCAGUGUAAUAACGAAUCAAGACCCCAUUGCUGUAUAAAACAAGACAAAGAAUGACCUGUAAAACUUUAUUUUAUAUAAUGAAGUAUUCCACCUUAACUUAAACAAUUUAUUUUAUUUUAACAGUUCCGCAAUUAGAACAGGAAACAUUUUAUAAAUUAAGUAUAUGUACAAAUGUGUUAUGUGCCAUAUGUAGCAAUUUUUUACAGUAUUUCAAACUAAGAGACAUCAAUGGUGCCUUUAUGUUAUGUUAUGUUGAUAACAAUUUUGUAUGUCCCAGUAAUUGCUGUCCCACUGUAUUUUUGCUGAACUUUUCGACUUUUCCUUUUUCUUGGCUUUCUUUGCAUUGCAUCUAUGGUGUUGACUGAAUGUGUGGUUUUCAAGAGUUGCAACUAUUCCCUAUAUUUGCUUGUUGUACUGUAGUUUCCUGAUUAGCUAUCCCUGGAAUACAGUACUUCUAAAAAAUACUGUUCUUCUGCAAUGGGUAGUCAUUUGCUUUCAGUACAGUAUAUAAAACAUAAUAUCUGCACUGCCAGACAAAAUUUUGCUUUAUGGGUAAAUUAAAUGAGUAGUUGAAGAGCAUGCUACUGUUAACUAACUACAUCAGGAUAAUGCAAAUAACUAAUAUAGAAUACAUAAUGGAAAUACACCUGCUACUGUGAAAACUGGCUUUUAUGAAAAAAUCUACAAUUGCAGGGCUGUCAAUUGUUCUAGUUAGCCUUGAAAACAGGUUCAUGUUCACUGAAGGCAUCAACCCCCCGAUAUAAUGUUUUCCAAACUGCAAUCAAAAUGUGCAUUUCAGAACACUAAAUAAUUUUACAGAACCAUAAAUUAACCUGAUAAAUUAGAGUCAUAGUAGGAGACUGGAACAUAUAUAUGAUUGGUGCAAUCACUUUGACCACUGAUCCUCUUUAACUUAGAUUUUUAAUACUUUCCAUAUCACAGGGUGUAUGUAAGAGACAAAAACAUUACAGAUGUAGCAGUUAUACCCUAUAUUAGAAAAUACAAAAAAAUAGAAAAAAACAUGAAAUGGGAAAAAAAUUAUUUUAUGUAGGUAUUCCUUCUAAAUUUUUAUAGGGGAGACGUAAAUAUUGUUUUUUUUUUUGAUUAUUGCAAAACCUUAUAAAGUCAGAAUUGGGGAUCCUAUUUUGAUAAAGAAAAUGUAUUUAUUUGAAAAGCCCUUUUACUGUAUAAUGCACGUUUGCAUUAGUUAGGCUGUCAAAGUGCAUGAGCAUCUGUUUAGGAAUGUGCAUGAAACAGUGAUUAAAUGAGACUUGGUGACUGUUAGUUUCUAUAGUUUUUGAUCCAUGCUGCAAAUAUUGUAUAUUUACACUAAGGAGGAUCAUUAUUUUGCAUUUUUAUUUUCCCAGAAUGACUAAGCAUGAAUCUACCAUUAGUGUUAUUAUAUCAGGUCCCACUACUUUGAUUCCCUGUAUCAAAGGAAACAUUCCAGAUUGAAAGACAAUUUCUCUGGAAAUUUUUGGAAGAACUCAAAAAUAUGAUUAUUUUAUAGACAGCAACAUCUGGCUCUUGGUCUUCAUACCAUUUUCACUGUGAGUCGCUGGGGAAUGAUGCUAUUCAGUUUACGUUUCCUCUGUUUGCCAACAAAACUAGAAUGCAAUCUAAUUCCAGAUAAAACACAUUUUGAAUGCUUGCUUUUUGAAAGAAUGAGACAUACUAAAAUGUCAGCAACUUUGGUGUUAGUAAGUUUUUUAGUGUCUUGCUUUGCAUAACUAACAUUUUUAAUUUCCCCCCUUUCUUUCUGUUUUUUAUGCCAUGAAAAGUAUGUUACAAUUGCAUUUGUGGGACUCUCUGCAAAACUUUUAUGGAUUAAAAAAGUCUGCUUCUUAACAAUCUGCACCUGUAGUUUUGAAGGGAAUAUCCCAUUCUAGUGCGUAGUGGCAAUUCCUGCCUCAUCAGCCACAUUGGCUUCUGUUAAUUGUACUUUAAGGAAAAUGCUGCAGAGUAUAUGGUUACAACACAAUUGGCACAUAUCACAAAAUCCAAUAUACAGUAUGUUGUUUUUUUCCCAACUGUGUGUGUAAAUACAUAUUAAUGAAUAUUUUACUUAUUCAGUUACCGUCUAUAAGAAGUUUUGUGUCAUUAGCUCUCUUCUAGUUUUUUGUGUAAAAAGUUAAAUAUAUGUUCUUAUUAUUUAUAUUUUAGCCUUUAAGCUAGGAAGAGAAAUUUCAAUUUAUGCUAAAUGUCUAUUUUUUUUAAUUUUUUUUUUAUAGUUCAACAUUUUUUCUGUUCAGAACAUAAUGUAUCUUUAUUUUCUGUUUAAAGUAAUUUAUUGUUGAGAAGAAUGUAUUGGAAAUUGGCAAAAGAAAGUCAUUUGUUGCAAGGUACUGGAAAAAACUAAAUUUAUUAUCCCAAAUACUAAGCAAUAACUAAUUAUGAUUUUUGUUCUUUUUUUCAAUUCUGAAAAGGAGCUGACGAUGCAAUAAAAUGCUGCCGUAUAUUUAACCAAGCAUUUCAUUAGAAAGUGCUGACUUGUCAGCAUAAAAUAGGUCCUACAUGAAUAUAGGUCUAGUUUUCAAAUAUU